CGUCAGUACCCUCGUAUGACGAUUUGUUUGUCUGACCAAUCACAAAGCUCAGCGGAUGCGGGCUGGCCAAUGGCAUCGGUGAAGGGAGGUGACGUGAACGUGGCUAGCAUACCACCGCUGUACGCCUGUGAACUUGUAGCAGGAGGCGAAACAAGAAGAAGAAAGCGUCAAAGAAAGAAGAUGGCGAGAGGCGGCCGCUGCUUACGGAGAGUAGCGGAAUACCUGAAGCAGCUACCGAGCACAGCGAGCCGGGAAAUCCAGACCAAGAGCAAUGUCAGAUACCUGUCAUCCUGUGGGAUCCUGAUGACGCGUGCGCCUCCUCUGCUGGGCGCAGCAGCCAUGCCAGGCCGGGCCGUCGUCCUGCCGGCGCGCAGCUUCUUCAACCUCACAGACUCCUUGUCCAAGAGGAAGGAGUACUCAGAGAGACGCAUCAUCGGGUAUUCCAUGCAGGAGAUCUAUGACGUGGUGGCCCAGGUGGAAAACUACCGCCACUUCGUUCCCUGGUGUAAGAAGUCAGACGUGGUGUUCCGGCGUUCUGGUUUCUGCAAGGCCAAGCUAACCGUGGGCUUCCCCCCCGUGGUGGAGAACUACACCUCCCUGGUCACAACAGUACGACCCCACCUGGUCAAGGCGUCCUGCUCAGAGGGGAAGCUCUUCAACCACCUGGAGACGGUGUGGCGCUUCAGCCCCGGCCUCCCCGGCUACCCUCGGACCUGCACUGUGGAUUUUGCCAUCUCCUUUGAGUUCCGCUCCCUCCUCCACUCUCAGCUCGCCAACGUCUUCUUCGAUGAGGUGGUCAAGCAGAUGGUUUCAGCGUUCGAGCGCCGCGCCUCUACGAUACACGGCGCCGAGACGCCCAUCCCCCGGGAGCUGAUGUUCCACGAGGUCCACCAGACGUAGCACCCAGCCCCGCUUCGCACACUAGCAAAACGCAACGCCAAAGAGACGGAGGACGGCCCCCGUGCGCCGACUGAGAACUGCAGUGCC